AUGAAUACCAAUAAAAAUCCCAACUUGUCUGUCAAGAAGAAAAAACAAAAUAUAAUACAACUAAGACAACCGUGCAGAGACCCCAUUUCUCAAAAAUGGCGAAAAAAGUUAAGAAGAAUUGAUGAAAUCAAUAGAGCAAUGGCUUCAAAUAUUAAUUUUUUAAUGACUAACAAAAUAGCCUGUGAUGAUAUGGAAAUAAAAUAUUUAAAACUCAAAAAAAAAGUUCUUGACACUGAAGAGAAAUUAUUGAUGAAUGGUAUAAAUACAACAGAAUAUCCAGCAUUUUGUAGUGAAGAAGAAGUUAGAACUUCCGACAGUGAAGUUAUCAAAGACCCCAAAUUUGAGCUAUUACUGCUCAUAGAAAUUAACAGAAAAAAAUAA